UAAAAGGCGCGAGAGGUCUCGUUGCCGGGAGGGUUAAGUUAAACCAGUUCCAAGAGUUAAGCCUAGCGCUAGCCUCGCCAUGGCGUCCACCCUAUCGUCUCCGUCGCCGCCGUCUGCCGGAGGAGCUGCCGAUCCCAUCACCGGGUCCACCGACCCCGCGUCGUCGUUCCUCCCUUCUCUCCUCAUCAUCGCCGCUCUUCUUACGUUCGUGCUCCUAGCGUCCGUGUCGAUCCACCUGCUGCUCAGGCUCCUGUCCAGGUCGUCGCCGCCGCUCCCGCGGACGCGCCGCGAGGAGCGCACCGUCGAGGCGGCGGAUGCUUUUUCGGUGCGGCCUAGUAUUCAUGGAGUCCCUGAGGGGAAGAAGGAGGUGGGCGAGGGCGACGAGAAGCAGCGGCUGAUCGAGUCGCUGCCGCUGUUCACGAUGGCGUCCUCGCUGGCGGCGCUGCCGAAGAGCUCCCCAGACUGCGCCGUCUGCCUGUCGCCGUUCACGCUGGACGCUGAGCUGCGGCUGCUCCCGGCGUGCCGCCACGCGUUCCACGCCGCCUGCGUCGACGCGUGGCUCCGCACCACACCGUCCUGUCCGCUCUGCCGCGCCACCGUCUCGAUCCCCCACCCCUCGAUCUCCGCCAUCCUCGCCUCCGAGCACCCGCCGCCGCCGGAGCCAAGAAGCAGAGACCGUUCCAGGAGCUUCCGCGUCGAGAUGGGCAGCGUCAGCAACCGCAGCUCCUCCACUGCCAGCGGCGGCAACAGCCGCCCCACCUACUCGCUCGGAUCGUUCGACUACAACAUCGACGAGGAGGUCGAGGCCGUCGUCUCCCGCGCGGCGCCCAUGACGGCAAGGAGCGGCGCCAUAGUCAAGGACGACAAGCCAGCAGCCGAGCAGUCCCCACCGCCCCCCGGCGAGGCGGUGGCCGAAGCUGCAGGCGCAACGCGCGGCUGGCUGCGGGAGUACGUGGACCGGCUGGCCUCCUCGGCGUCAUCGCUGUCCUUCUCCGGGCGGUGGAGCUCCCGGUGGAGCCAGAGCCACCAGAGCCAGCAUAGCCAAAGGCAGGAGGAGCCGUGGCUGUGGGACGCGGAGGCCGUGAGGAUGUCGCCGCCGGGGACGGAGGAGGAGGAGGAGACGGCGUUCAUGGUGCUGUACCGGUGGAUCGCGGGGGUAUAAACGUAAUUAGCGAGAGAAAGAAGAAAAAAAACAGGAGGGCUUUCGUGUCAAAAAAAUUGUCACUCUCAUGAAAGAUAGAUAGCCUUCUCGUCAGGUACUCAGGUGAAUCCAAUGUUUUGAAUGCUUCUGUGUUGACUCGGGUACAAAUUGGUAGGCGUAAGCAGUCUCUCCUUGCACAUAGUUAUCCUCGGAGUUCGGAUUUUGGAAACCGAGGAAUGCAUAAGCCAGCGUCGGAACCAUGCAUGCAGAAUUGUUCGUGUCCGUCGACUACUUCGAUGAUGAUGCAUCUCUCUGUUCUUUUUCUUCUUCUUUUUACCCUGAGCUGUGUGACUUCAUAGUGUGGCACUCUCUUCCAUUUUGCCAUGCAUAUUUCAGAGUCGGUGACGAUCUGUUGCU